AUGAAGCACCUUCUGCUGUACUUUCUACUUUUUGCUCUUUCCCUGGGAUCGGCAGUCCCCGAAGCUCCAGCACCCGAUACACAGGUUGCUGUUGUUGCUAAGAAGCAUCUUACUUUUGAUUGCUCUGAUGGGCAGGUCGGCGAUGUAUGUUUGAAUAUGUGCUACGGCGCCAAAUGCAAAAGGCUGGGCAGUACCUUCACCUGGGAUAAGCCAAAGAAGAAUGUCGGCGAAUGGCGCAGCCGUCUCGCCGGCUGUGACAGUCGAAACCGAUGCACCAGAGCCCCCUAUGGUGACGCGUACCAGUGCGACGAGUAUCCGUUCAAGUCCGUCAAGGAGGCAGACAAAGGUCGCCAGGUCAACCGAUGCGUCAAGACCCACUACAACGGGCGACAGUUCAAGGGCAAGGGCUGUAAUGGAAGACCCUCCUGUCAGUUCACCGUUUCCUUCAAAAACUUCAGUAAGCAUAAGUGCUGCAAGAAGAAGCCAAACUGCAAGAACGACGGAAACCAGUAUACCAAGGCUGGUCUUGCGAAGCGUCAGGAGGAUGUUGAUAACAGUGGCUACUACCGCCUUAGUAGUGGCGACAUUAUCUUUGUUUCUGACGGCGCCUCAGUGGGUGAUAUGGUCUAUCAGACUAUUUUCACCAAUUCGAAUGCCACUAUGGGUGUCGAUGCGUUGGCUGACACUCACGAGGAUGAUGAUAGGCUUGGUGAUGAUGAAUUCGAGGUUCAGGAGGACCGCAUUGUCGAAGAGGUGGCGGACUAUGAAUAG